AGUACUCCACACACUCAAAUCUGUCUACAUAAAAUAUAAGGUAAGAACAGAAACAAUAUAACCAUAUUGCAUUGAUGGAUUCAAAGAAGUCUAACAAGAUAACAGAUAUUGUUAGGCUUCAACAAAUCCUGAAGAAAUGGAAAAAGGUUGCUGCAAAUGCUUCCAACAACUCAUCAAGUAGUAGCAGCAGUGGCAAUAAAGGAAUCAAGUUUUUGAAAAGAACUUUGUCAUUCACAGAUGUUUCUAUUUCCAUUUCCAAUUCCAAUUCCAAUGUGGACAUAGUUCCAAAAGGUUUUCUAGCUGUUUGUGUUGGGAAAGAGCUCAAGAGAUUCAUUAUUCCAAUGGAUUACCUUAAACAUCAAGCAUUUGAGGUGUUGCUACAAGAAGCUGAAGAGGAGUUUGGUUUCCAACAAGAGGGUGUGCUCAAAAUUCCAUGUCAAGUAUCAAUGUUUGAGAAAAUAUUGAAGGUUGUGGAAGAUAAAAAAGAAGCCUUAAACUUGCAUGAGUUUGGAUUUGGUGGAGAGAAUUGUGAUGUUACUCCCACUCAUCAUGCUCAAGUUUGUAGAUGAUAUUAAUUAAUUCUUAUUUAUGUAUGCUUUUCUAGUUUUUCUUUUGAUAUGUGAAAGGCAAUGUUGAUUGAUUAAAAAGAAGUGACAAUUGUUAAUCCAUUAUGUUUCAUAAUAAUGCUAUAUAUUUUUGUUUUUUAA